UCCUCUGCUGACGUAUUUCCCAUGCCCGCUCUUUGUCUUCAAGUAGACCCUCACCUCCCCUCCACCCCGCCUUGCGAAUCACCAUCUCACAUCCCAACCCAUAUAUCACUCUUCUCCAUCCCCCCACCCUCCAUUCCUUCCCCUGCUCUCAGCUACCGAGAUCGGUUGAAGUUGUGGGGGUGUGACACGCUACCAUAAGCAUGGAGAUCACCAACGUGAUGGAGUACGAGGCCGUCGCCAAGCAGAAGUUGCCCAAGAUGGUGUUCGAUUACUACGCCUCUGGUGCGGAGGACCAGUGGACCUUGAAGGAGAACAGGGAAGCCUUCUCGAGGAUCCUGUUUCGUCCACGCAUACUCAUUGAUGUCUCCAGGAUUGACAUGACCACAACUGUGCUGGGUUUCAAGAUAUCAAUGCCAAUCAUGAUUGCUCCCACUGCCAUGCAGAAGAUGGCCCAUCCUGAAGGAGAAUAUGCUACUGCAAGAGCAGCAUCAGCCGCUGGCACUAUAAUGACGCUGUCAUCCUGGGCUACUUCCAGUGUGGAAGAGGUGGCCUCAACCGGACCAGGAAUUCGAUUCUUCCAGCUUUAUGUAUACAAAGACCGGAAUGUGGUUGCGCAGCUCGUGAGACGAGCGGAAAGAGCAGGAUUCAAAGCAAUAGCCCUCACUGUGGAUACUCCAAGACUAGGUCGGAGAGAAGCUGAUAUCAAGAACAGAUUCACUUUGCCCCCAUUUUUGACGCUCAAGAACUUCGAGGGCUUGGACCUGGGGAAGAUGGAUAAGGUGAGUCUUAGAUGCCCAUGUUCUCUGAGUGAUUUCAUGUCCAUGUUCCUUGCUCAAAAUGUCUUUGGUGAGAUGCAGGCUGAUGACUCUGGACUGGCCUCUUACGUUGCUGGCCAAAUUGACCGAACUCUGAGCUGGAAGGAUGUCAAGUGGUUGCAGACGAUCACUACUAUGCCAAUUCUAGUGAAAGGAGUCCUCACUGCGGAGGACACAAGGCUGGCCAUUCAAUCUGGUGCAGCUGGUAUUAUCGUCUCCAACCAUGGAGCUCGUCAGCUGGACUACGUUCCAGCCACCAUCACUGCCUUGGAGGAGGUCGUCAAAGCUGCGCAGGGCCGCGUUCCCGUCUUCCUCGAUGGUGGCGUUCGCCGUGGCACCGAUGUCUUCAAGGCCUUAGCUUUGGGAGCCUCCGGAAUCUUUAUUGGAAGGCCGGUGGUGUUUUCUUUGGCUGCUGCAGGUGAAGCCGGAAUCCGAAAUGUUCUGCAAAUGCUUCGCGAUGAGUUCGAGCUCACCAUGGCACUGAGUGGCUGCACCUCGCUCAAGGAAAUCACUCGCAGCCACAUCGUGACCGAGGCAGAAAGGAAUCGUCCUGUGCCAAGGUUGUAGAUCAUCUCCAGUGUCUCCUUCUCCAACAACAGGGGACUGACUACUUAUAAGCUCUGCAUCUUUUGAGUGAUCUGGAGAACAUGCUCAGGAGACACUAUCUACCCAUGGAGCAAAGUUGUGAUGAGUUCCAAGAAUCAUUAGAUGCUUAAGAAAUUUAAAGCUUUUUACCAUGAUAAUGGACUGUGUUUAUUAAUCAUGGCUAUGUAAUCUGCAUCUGCUGGAUAUACUUGCUUAUAUUACUUGCUCAACACUGCAUAUUUUCAGAUAUCAACUGAGAACAGCUUGAAGGAGAAAUUAUCAUUUUAGUAGCAUUUCUUUUA